AUGUAUGGAAUUCCAGUUCCAAGGUAUGCAUUAGUAAAUAGGGACAAACCAUAUCAAGAUUUGGAGUAUUUUGUUGAGGAAGAAGAUUUUGUUGAUGUUCAUGGGCAGCGAUUUUGGAAGCCUUUUGUAGAGAAGCCUGUUUAUGUCGCUUGGAAUUGCAUUGGCACAAAGCUUGCAUCUGGAUCUGUGGAUCAAAUAGCUUGGGUAUGGCAUAUUGAGCCCCAUGGCCAUUGCAAGGUUAAGGAUCUUGAACUAAAGGGGCAUACAAAUAGUGUAGAUCAGUUAUGUUGGGAUCCUAAACACGCCGACUUGAUUGCCACUGCUUCAGGUGGAAAAUGUUCACAACAAGCAAAACUCAGUGGGGAGAACAUUAACAUUACCUAUAAACCAGAUGGGACUCAUGUAGCAGUUGGGAACCAGGAUGUUGAACUGACAAUACUGGAUGUUCAAAAAUUCAAACCCAUCCAUAAACGCAAAUUCAACUAUGAGGUAAAUGAGAUUGCAUGGAACAUGAGUGGGGACAUGUUCUUCUUGACUACACUCCCCUCUGGUGUUGGUAACCCUAACCUUGCACUGUAG